GAUUGCCAAUAUGUAGCUUCAUCUGAUGCAGCUGGUGAUGGCUUUUACAUUCUACAACCAGGUUCGACAAUCGCUACCUCGUUGACAAGGGAGGAAGCACUGCAAAAGAACGUCUUUCUUAUUAAGGUCAAAGGCAGAAAGUUCCAAUGCAAACCGAUCCCACUGCAAACAGUUCGUCCUAUGGUAGUUGACGAGAUUAUCCUUGACACCUUACCAGAAGGAGUAAGGCUUCCAGCAAACGGUGUACGACCGUCUGGAGGUGGAUUUGUUCUGGAUGAAAUGAUAAUAGAUGACAAAAUCAGUGAAAUGAUACGAUGGGCAGAAACUAAUCGUGGACCGCAACAACCAAAACUUCCGCUUAUCCGGUUGAAGGUAACCUAUGCUGGACCCUGGGCGAUCAUGCAGCCUAUUCACGGCCGUCAAAUUGGUGCCAAGUUCGAGGAUCAAGUGGCAAAUGCUUCGGAAAUUGUGGUAACAAGGAGGGUGAUCGAGAAAAAGAAGAAAAAAGGAGGUGUAAGUAUGGAAGAGGACCAAGGUGAUAUUAUUGAUGCGGCAUGUCUCGAUCAAGUGGUGAGUUCGACUAAGUUUUUCUCUGACUGGGCCACGUUCUUCUUGCUGGCCUGCAAU